GGCAGGAUGAAUCUCGUCUUUGGGAGUGUGCCAAUAACAAUCUCAGCUCGGAGGCUGCGCGGAGCUUUUUACUACCAAGACGAGACCGAGAAGAGGAAGUCCGGCGAGGACGACACAAGCUUGGCUUCGACUGUGAAGCCGGUCCGGACUUGGUUGCAUUCCUUCAGGAUUGUUUUGGUUUUUUUUUUUGUUUUUGUUUUUGUUUUGUUGGUGUGUUUUUACACACAGUUUUUUUUUCCCUGCCUGUCAAAAACUGAUAGCCCCGAGGCUGCUUCGUACUGCCUGGAUUUAUUAUACUCUCCAUUGGAUUAUAUCACUUUGGAGCGAACCGAAUUAAAUCAAAACGAUUGCACCUGUUUGUUGAACCCCCACCCCACUCCCGGGUGGUGCACGAGGACUGUUUGUGGACAGCACCAAGUCACCGAACCGACACCGAGACCCAAAGCCGACCUGAGAAGUUCUGCAUCUUGACGGGGAGGGAAAAAAUCUGCCAACAUGCCGCUCGCACAGAUUGCCGAGCCUUGGCCCACAAUGGAACUAGUCCAGCUGGAAACUGAGAAUGGCCAGAGCACUGCUGAGGAUGGAGUAGCACCUGCUGUCAAGGACGAUGGCGAAAUCAAGGAAAUCAACAUCACCCAUGUGGUCAAAGAGGGUUCGGAAAAAGCAGACGCGUCUCACUUUGAACUGCUCAAAGUGUUGGGUCAGGGUUCCUUUGGGAAGGUGUUCCUGGUGCGCAAGGUGACCCCUCCUGAUGACAACCAGCUCUACGCAAUGAAGGUCCUCAAGAAAGCCACGCUCAAAGUGAGAGAUCGUGUGAGGACCAAAAUGGAGCGAAACAUCCUGGCUGAUGUCAACCACCCGUUCAUCGUCAAGCUGCACUACGCUUUCCAGACUGAAGGCAAACUCUACUUGAUCCUGGACUUCCUCCGAGGAGGCGAUCUCUUCACUCGACUGUCCAAAGAGGUGAUGUUCACAGAGGAGGAUGUCAAGUUUUACCUUGCAGAGCUGGCGCUGGGCCUCGACCACCUCCACAGCUUGGGCAUCAUGUACAGAGACCUGAAGCCUGAAAACAUUCUCUUGGAUGAGGAAGGUCACAUCAAACUCACGGAUUUUGGUCUGUGCAAAGAGGGCAUUGACCACCACGAGAAGGCUUACUCCUUUUGUGGCACUGUGGAGUACAUGGCACCUGAGGUGGUCAACAGGGUAGGACACACCCACAGCGCUGACUGGUGGUCAUUCGGAGUACUGAUGUUUGAAAUGUUGACCGGGUCGCUGCCCUUUCAUGGGAAAGACCGCAAAGAAACAAUGAGCAUGAUUCUCAAGGCACGUCUGGGAAUGCCUCAGUUCCUCAGCGCAGAGGCACAGUCUCUGCUCAGAGCUCUGUUCAAGAGGAACCCCGCCAACAGGCUGGGAUCGGGUCCAGACGGAGCAGAGGAGAUAAAACGUCACGGAUGGUUUUCCAACAUUGACUGGAAUAAACUGUUCCGCAGAGAAGUAAAACCCCCUUUCAAACCGGCGGUGGCGCGUCCCGAUGACACGUUCUACUUUGACUCCGAGUUCACCUCCCGCACCCCGAAAGACUCUCCCGGCGUGCCGCCGAGUGCCGGCGCUCACCAGCUGUUCCGAGGCUUCAGCUUUAUCGCAUCGAGUCUGUUGGAGGAAGAAGGGUCAGCUGAGCCUGUGCAACCCCCGCCGCACCCGGUGGUCCAGCAGCUACAUGGGAAGAACUUGUUGUUCAGCGAUGGCUACGUGCUGAAAGAGGACAUCGGCAUGGGCUCCUUCUCCGUGUGUAAGCGAUGUAUCCACAAGGCCACCAACACGGAAUACGCCGUCAAGAUGAUUGACAAGACCAGCACAGACCCCUCUGAGGAAAUCGAGAUCCUGCUUCGAUACGGACAGCAUCCCAAUAUCAUCACGCUGAAGGAUGUGUACGACACUGGCAAGCAGGUGUUCCUGGUGACGGAGCUGAUGCGCGGAGGAGAGCUGCUCGAUCGGAUCCUCAAGCAGAAGUCCUUCUCGGAGAGGGAGGCCAGUGCUGUGUUGCACACCAUCACCAAGACUGUGGAAUAUCUGCACUCGCAGGGGGUGGUGCACAGAGACCUGAAGCCCAGCAACAUACUCUAUGUGGACGAGUCGGGGAACCCGGAGUCGAUUCGGAUCUGCGACUUUGGCUUCGCCAAGCAGCUGCGUGCCAACAAUGGCUUACUCAUGACCCCGUGCUACACCGCCAACUUUGUGGCGCCUGAGGUGUUGAAGCGUCAAGGCUAUGAUGAGGGCUGUGAUAUCUGGAGUUUGGGAGUCUUGCUGUACACUAUGCUGGCCGGUUUUACUCCAUUCGCCAACGGACCUGAGGACACUCCCAAUGAGAUCCUGAACAGGAUAGGCAACGGUCACUUUAGUUUGUCCGGAGGCAACUGGGACACAGUGUCAGACGCGGCUAAGGACCUGGUGUCCAAGAUGCUCCACGUGGACCCACAUCAGAGACUUAUCGCCAAGCAGGUCCUCAGGCACCCGUGGAUCGUCCAGAGAGACAAACUCCCCAACAGUCAACUCCCGCACCAGGACCCCAAACUGGUCAAGGGCGCCAUGGCAGCCACGUACUCGGCCCUGAAGAACUCGCAGCCCACCCCCGAGCUCAAGCCCAUCGAGAGCUCCUUCCUGGCCCAGCGGCGCGUCAAGAAGCUUCCGUCCACCUCCUUGUAGACACUGCGCGCAAGCCCAUCUUGGGAAAAAGAAUAGCCACCCAACCAACCAGCUCGCUCGGGAGGGCACUACCAGCCAAGGAACACUGACUGUGACCCUGAAAAUCCCCCCUGAGAAAAACCAUCUUGUGACGGCGAGCCGUUCGCUAUUGUAGUGGACCAGCCAAAGAUGGAUGGGGGGGUGGAUUGUUUGUAAUCUGUUUUUGCGUGUGUGUGUGUGUGUGUGUGUGUGUGUGUGUGUGUGUGUGUGCGUGUGCGUGUGUGUGUGUGCGCGCACGCUUGUGUUACUGCAUGACCACCAUGCCACACAAGUUCGCUCAACCAUCACUGAACAUUGUUCAAUUUGCUGCAUGUUUGUCUGCUUGUUUCCUGUGCGUGCGUGUGUGUGUGCGUGCGUGCGUGUGCGCACAUAAAGAUGAGCUUUACAUUAGCAGUUUUGUGCUGCUAAGUCAGUUUGCGCCAGCAGCACAGUGGCCGCAGUACUGUCCAAAAUGCUGGGAUUUUUUUGUUUUUUGUUUUUUUUUGGGGGGUGGGGGGGGUUAAUAAUGUGAAAAAAAGAACAGAUAUAUUAAAAUACUCAUUUCUGCCAUAAAUGCCUCUUUUGGCUUUGGUACAGCCUGAACAUGGGAAUUCUGGGAAAUGUCCAACUUUGUUCAUGUCAAUCUUGUUUCUUUUACAGUGUCAGUUGCAUGACUUGCAGUGUGUGGCGUUUCUUUUUGUGUUUUAUUUGACGACACAUCUUGUACACUGGUGGCUUAUCUGUGAAAGAGACUCGGCAUGUUCAAACCUUUAUAUUGGCUUUGUGUUUCUUUUUUUUUCCCCCUCCCAUUUGCAUUUUGAAUGCUGUUUCCUGUGCUUGGCUGCUUUUGAUGUUGAUUUUUGUCCGAGGAAAGCGCAUCGUUUGAAAAUAUUGCAAGACACGAGCGUGUUUAAAAAAAAAAUAAAAUAAAAAAUUAAAGGUCUCGUAGCAUUUUGCCAAGGAGGCCGAGCAGACUUUUCUCUCCAUUGAGUCGAGCUAGUUUUCUCUCGUUUUUCACUCGUGACAAGAAGUUAGGGGUAUUGCACUUUCAGGUGAAAUUUUAAGAUGAACCUAAAAUGCGUUCACCGAUAAACUUGAUUUGACCAUCUCUAAACUGAUGCAAGCGCAUUCACAACUUUUCAAUCUUUGACUGUCUGUUCUUUAAACAAGGAGGUGAAUGGCAAAAUUCAUCACAGAUGCAUGAAUGUUCCCAAGGAUAUCCACUUCAAUUGCUUUCUGUGACUCUUCAAGUCUCUCUGAAAUUUCACCCAACAUCCCUAACUUUUUGGGGUUCGUGUAUCUGUCAAGUUACUGCCUGUGAGAUCAUGCACACACAAAUGUUCCCUGAAGCACUGCUGCGCUGUUUCCACUUAGCAUUUUUUAAAAUGUUUUCCCAAUGACAUCCAAGUGUCAGCUUCCGAGUGUAGGUCCUCUUUUCAGCUUGGUGCCUAAAGGCCUACUUGGUGAGGAAUGUGUCGAAUGUCUUGCGUAAAAGAAGGGAAGACCUGUGUGGCUGCGUAUUUGUCCAACCAGCUGUCUUACCUCAAAAAAAGGGAUCAUAAAAUUAUACCGUUGUUUUUGUUCUUGUGUGGUGGCAAAAAACAAAACAA